AUGGAGAAACACGCAACUGCCAGGGGUUUUUGUCUGUGUCACCUCAUUUGUGUAUGGUAUCAGACUGGAAGGAUCGGCCUAUAUUUAGGUUUCUAUAAUGUGGGUUAUUCGGAAGAACUAAAAAAGUUUAUAUGUGACGAACAACUAUAUGUGCAUAUAAUGGCUGCGGUUAAUUUGUUGGCCAGUUGGCUUUAUCUCAGCUUCAGUCAUCGAUGGAUCUACGAUCAGUUUGUCUUUCUUCUAUAUGUACCACUUUAUGUGUACUUCUUGAUCCUGAGAAGACACCUUGCAAAGCUAUUAAAUGAAUGUGCUGGAGUACAUAAAUCAAAGCAAAGGAUUCUCGGCAUUCGAUUGUGUGUAAAGAUCCAUAGAGAAUGUAUCUACUCCUUACUUCUCAUAGUGAUGAUUAUGUCACUACUUGUAUGGCAACUAAAAAUCUAUUCGGUUUAUCAGAGUGUCUUUAUAUUCGGAGUGGCAUUUAUCUACCACUUUGAGCUACUGUUUUUUGGAAACUAUCUCAUUUGGCUAAGCUGUAUCUACAGAUCCCUGAAUGAAGUUCUCUGUCAAGACAUGAGAAGUGAUAGAUUGUAUAUACUAAGGGGAGUACUAAGACAGCAAAGAAUUUUAUGGCGGGUACUCUCCAGAUAUUUCGCCCUGCACUUCAUAAGUUUUAUGAUCCAGCCGGGCGUUAAAAUAUUAAUUAUACUUCAGAGCUCUGGUCAACAACUGAAUGGGCAAAUGAUUUUCUUAACACUACAAUUACAUUUAUUGGCUUUGUUUUUAAUAAUUGCCUUGAACCUGCAAAAACAACAUCGUAAAUUUCAAAAGAGUUUUCUAAAAUUAAAAGAUGAUCCCCACAAAUUCGUCUUGAAGUCCUGGAAAAUCCUGCAGCGCAGAACUUUGCCAAAAGCUUUUGGAGUAACCUUUAUAAGAAAACGUAAAAGUGUGUUGUACAACCAGGAUGUGGUUACUAUGAUGUUCACCAACAACUAUCCAGUUCUGAUGCUAACUAAAACUCCCUUUUGUUUAACAACUUUCGGUUUCGGGGACGUCAAGUUUGGAAUUUCUUUAUCCAUGCUGAGGAGUUGCCUGAAAACCCACAUCCGUGAACUUCUGCUAAUGUUUGUUAUUCGCUUACUUUUCCACAAAAACUUAACUUUGCAGAACUAUGAGUAUGAGUCCCAGGAAGACUUCAAUGGCAAUGUGACACAGACAAUUAGUCAAGUCUACCGCUUUUAUUUCUAUGAUGAGUUCGAGUGA